GUGAGAGAGAGAGCGGUGCGGGGGCGGGUUUCCCGUGACAUCACGGCGGCUGCUGCUAGUUGCCGGUUACACCGGCUCCCGCUCGGAGUUAGGAUUCAGUUGGGCGCUGAGUGAGGAGGCAGCCGCGCGGCCGACAGAUGUCUGUCUAAAAAGCCUAGAAAAGAAGCUUGCACUACUACCGCCGCAGUGGGAAGCCCACUCCAUCGAGCUCUUAGGCCCUGCAAAUCAUGUUUAAGUGUGAACCCAGGCAAAAAGCCGGCAGCGAAUUUUUUAUCAAGUCUAUUGGGGACGGAGGAGCUCAGGAGAAGCGAAGGACCACGUUUUUCAGAGUGGGCAUUACCUUAGGAAUUUUAUCCGCCCACUUCGGGGGGGCGAGGAUUCUCGAUCAGAAGCCUCAGACAGUGGACAUGGGAAAAGAUUAUUACAAGAUUCUGGGCAUCCCCAAUGGGGCCAACGAGGAUGAGAUCAAGAAGGCCUAUCGCAAGAUGGCCCUGAAAUAUCACCCCGACAAGAACAAGGACGCCAACGCUGAGGACAAGUUCAAGGAGAUCGCAGAGGCCUACGACGUCCUCAGCGACCCCAAGAAGAGAGUGGUGUACGAUCAGUAUGGGGAGGAAGGUCUAAAAACUGGAGGUGGCUCAUCCGGUAACACAGGCAGCUCCUUCCAUUACACGUUCCACGGUGACCCUCAUGCAACCUUCAAUUCUUUCUUUGGAGGCUCGAAUCCCUUUGAUAUCUUCUUCGGCUCAAAUCGCACACGCAUGGGCAACGGCUUUGACCACGAAGACAUGGACAUCGACGAUGACAACGAUGACCCCUUCGGCAGCUUCAACCACUUCGGCUUCAACGGUGUGAACGGUUUCCACCGGCGGCACCAGGACCAAAUACCCAACCGCCGGAAGGUGCAGGACCCUCCAGUGAUUCACGAGCUGAAAGUGUCCUUGGAGGAGAUUUAUCAUGGCUGUACGAAACGGAUGAAGAUCACGCGGCGGAGGCUGAACCCAGAUGGCCGCACUGUGCGUUCGGAGGACAAGAUUCUCAACGUGGUCAUCAAGAAAGGGUGGAAAGAGGGCACCAAGAUCACUUUCCCCAAAGAGGGGGACGCCACAUCAGAAAACAUCCCCGCAGACAUUGUGUUCCUACUGAAGGACAAACCUCACGCACAUUUCAAAAGAGACGGGUCCAACAUUGUGUACACCGCCAAGAUCACACUGAAAGAGGCUCUUUGUGGCUGCACCGUCAACAUUCCCACCAUCGAUGGACGGGUCAUCCCGCUGCCUUGCAGCGACGUCAUCAAGCCCGCAACGGUGAAGCGCCUGCGGGGCGAAGGACUACCGUUUCCGAAAGUCCCCACCCAACGGGGCGAUUUAAUAGUUGAGUUUCAGGUUCGCUUCCCAGACAGAAUACCCCAAAGCACCCGUGAACUGCUCAAACAACACCUGCCCUGCUCCUAGUACUAUAAGUGGAGACAGGGAGGGGGAGACGAGUGACCCCCCGUGCAAUACUCCAGACAUAAUGCCGAUAAACCCUGCAGGAUCCCGGGACAGCCGUCGUCACAACACAUCCUAUGCACAAGAAGAAGAGACGUUUUGUUAAGUUUGUAUUUUGUAAAAGAACUUCAGAGCUUGCGUCACGGACAGCGUGUGCGCAGAUCACGCCGACGCAAUGGUGCCACUACGGGAACGCGCUACCUCCUAUCCCGCCCUUGUGCGAUAAUGCCCUGCUGGCAGUGUAAAUGGUUAAAGGUUUUCUUAGAUAACCCAGUAUUAAUAAAGAGCCAGUCCACCCAGAAUUUACGUUCCAUAGGUUGGCAUUUUUGUAUCGCUCUGGGUCUCCGGGGACAAGAUCUUCUCUUGAUUCCCUGCUCCGCCUCCCUCUGCAUGGCACUCCUGCUCAAUGACAAAGAAUAUCCGCUCAGUAAGACCGCAUGUGACAGGUGGGCGGAGCUAGGAACUCAAGAGUAGCAAAUAUCACCCAUGGUGGAGUCCCCAAGAAGCCAAUAUCCCAAAAACAAUGGAAAUCUCCAAUUUUGGGUGGACUGACCCUUUAAAGUGUAGACUUUUAUCAGCUGGUAUGUGUAUAUAUAUUUCCGCUUUAGAAAGUGAUUUUAUCAGUAUUUUUAAAUAUUAGAGGACAGAGGAAUGACUUUUCGAAAAAACUUUUUUUUAAGCGACUUGAAGGUUUGUAAAUAUAAUUUAAACUGACCUGUGAAUUUUGACAUUUCUACACACUGAGCUGAAAUUAAAUAAAACGAUUUGUGGAUUUUC